UUUUAUUUGUUGUUUGUUUGUUCCAGUUCUGAUCAUAGAGCAAAACAGGAUGCGUCUCAGUAAGAGGAAAAGAAAGCUGUUGUGUGCAAAGGGCUGUCAAAGCGCUUAAGAAAUAAGCUAAAAAAAAAAGAAGGAACAGUCUCUUCACAGGCCAAGCGAAACAAGCGAAGGGGGUGAAACAUACAGAGAGAAAGACUGACUAGAGGAAGUUAGCGGAGUCACUGGCUGUCGAAGAGAGAGAGGCACAGACUCAGGGCGUAGUCUGUUCAACAAGAAUUUUGACUACCACAAUAUACAAGCAUGGCAGUGUGGGACCUGUCUGUCAAUGUAGAAGAACUGGGGGAAGAGGCUCCACCCCUUAAAAUCAGCGUCACCUCUGACCUUCACAUCGGAGGAGUGAUUCUCAAAAUCGUGGAAAAGACAGAGAUUAAGAAGGACUGGUCUGAUCACGCUCUGUGGUGGGAGCAGAAGCAGCAGUGGCUCCUGAAGCCGGCGUGGACGCUGGAUAAAUGUGGGAUUCAUGCAGACGCUCGUCUCUACCUCACCCCCCAGCACAAGCCCCUGCGGCUGGUCCUGCCCAACCUGCUCACCCUCAGGCUUCGAGUCUGCUUCUCUAGCCCCGUGUUCCGCACAGUCAUCGGCAUCUGCAAGCUCCUUAAUAUCCGUCACCCAGAAGAGCUCUCACUUCUUAGACCAGUAGAAGAAAAGAAGAAAAAGAAGCAGAAGGGCGACGAGGAGGAGGUGUAUGACAUCACUUCUGCACCCCUACCUACAGGUUCUAUCAUCAAGCUGGCCAAUGGCAUGCCUGCAUUCUUCGCUGAGUCACCUGAGAUGGAGUCUGUGUACAAGAUGCUGUCAGUCAGCCAGCCAGCCCCGCCCCCUGAGACCAUUACUAAAAUGUACCGGCCGACCAGCAAGGUGGACAAAGCACAAGUAAACGGCAGAUGGCUCGACUCCUCCCGUUCUCUUCUGCAGCAGGGAGUGAAAGAAGGCGAUAAACUAAUUUUGCGCUUCAAAUACUACAGCUUCCACGACCUCGCACCUCAGUUUGAUGCUGUGCGUUUGACCCAGUUAUAUGAGCAGGCCAAAUGGGCCAUCCUGCUAGAGGAGAUCGACUGCACAGAAGAGGAGAUGAUGCUCUUCGCUGCCCUGCAGUACCACAUCGGAAAGGUCUCCACAACAGAGCAACUGGUGGCUUCCUGUCCAGCCAUGGACGACCUGGACUCCGCCCUGCAGUGUCUGGAGGUCAAGAUGGAGGCAGAGACCAGUGCUGAGGAGAUGCUGGAAACAAUGACAGCGCCAGAGCUGCAUGACUAUCUGAAGCUUUUCAGGCCAAAAAAACAAACACUGAAGAAAUACAAGCAGUUCUGGUUCACCUUCAAGGACACGUCCAUUUCCUACUAUAAGAGUAAAGAAGAAAGCUGCAAGGAGCCCAUACAGCAGAUGAACCUCAAAGGCUGUGAGGUGGCUCCUGAUGUGAGUGUGGCUGCCCAGAAGUUUUGUAUCCGGCUGCUGAUUCCUGAACCUGAGGGCAUGAACGAGGUCUACCUGCGCUGUGACAAUGAGCAGCAGUACAGCAAAUGGAUGGCUGCAAGCCGCCUGGCCUCUAAAGGAAAGACCCUGGCUGAUGCCUCUUACUCCAGCGAGGUCCAGAGUAUUCAGUCCUUCCUGGCCAUGCAGAAAACCACUCCAGGCAAUAAGACAGUCCAAAGUGAUGAGAGCAUCAACACACACAGCCUCGUCUCCCCUCGCUACCAGAAGAAGUACAAGCCCAAACAGCUGACCCCUCGCAUUCUAGAGGCCCACCAGAAUGUGGCACAGCUUUCGCUAACAGAGGCCAUCCUGAAGUUCCUCCAGAUAUGGCAAGCUCUGCCUGACUUUGGCCUUUCCUAUUUUGUUGUGAGAUUUAAAGGAUGCCGUAAGGAUGAGGUGCUGGGCAUUGCCAACAACCGCUUAAUCCGCAUUGACCUGAGUGUAGAAGAUGUUGUGAAGACAUGGAGGUACAACACAAUGAGACAGUGGAACGUCAACUGGGACAUUAAACAGGUUGCCAUUGAGUUCAAUGGAAACGUGAACAUUGCCUUCAGCUGCGUGACAGCGGACUGUAAGAUCGUGCACGAGUACAUCGGCGGCUACAUCUUCAUGUCCACCCGGAGCCGCGAGCAAAACGACACACUGAACGAGGAGCUCUUCCACAAACUGACAGGAGGCCACGAGGCUCUCUAAGAGAAGCUCUGGAUGAGACAGAAAGAUUACUACCAACACAAAAAUGGAGAGAGACUUGAGAAACAUCAGAAAGAACUUUUUUCUGGCUUGGAAAAAGUCUCAGCCUGCCCCUGAAGGAAUUUAUGAUCAACAUUUUCAAGAGACAAUAAACAAUUUAGAUUUUUUAAAUAACAGCUAAGAAAAUGAAACAGCUACAUGUCAAAAAUGUUGAUAUGCUUUACUGCAGCCCUUAUAACCCAACACUAUUGAUUAUCCACUGGAUAGUCAUGAGUUUUUUGGAGUAAUGUGGACUAAACUGUUUCAGCUGCGUCAUUACUUUUUAGAGCAAACAUGAAGGUGUUGUCAGCAUGCAAACAUUAAUAAAACCAUGAAGCACUGGGUUAAGGGCCAGUGUCAAGUU